UCCAACUAUAUAUAUAUGCAGCACAGAUCGAGCUCACAAACAAUAAAGAUGAUAAAAAUGGCCGGAAUAGUGGAUACAGCAGCAUUCUGCACCUUGCUGUGCCUACUCCUCACCCUCGUCGUCUUCAAGCUCAAGACGGCGACCUCUUCCCGGCACAACGCCGGCGUGAACCUCCCUCCGGGGCCAUGGGCGCUGCCGGUCAUCGGGAGUAUCCACUGCCUGCUCGGCUCCCUGCCGCACCACGCCAUGCGGGAGCUCUCCCGGCGGUACGGCCCCGUCAUGCUCCUCCGCCUCGGCCAUGUCCGGACGCUGGUGCUGUCCUCCCCGGAGGCGGCGAGGGAGGUGAUGAAGACCCACGACGCCGCGUUCGCCACCCGGGCGGUCACCCCGACGGCGAGCAUCCUCACCUACGGCGCCCGCGACAUCGUCUUCGCGCCGUUCAGCAAGCACCUCCGGGAGCUCCGCAAGCUGUGCACGCUGGAGCUGCUCAGCCCCAGGCGCGUCCGCUCCUUCCGCCAUGUCCGGGACGAAGAGGCGGCGAGGCUCGCUCGGUCGGUGGCAGCGGCGGCGCCGGCCGUCGUCAACGUCAGCGAGCUGGUUAAGAUCAUGGCGAACAACAUCAUCAUGACGGCAAUCAUCGGCGACACGUGCCCGCAGCGGGAUGAGUAUCUCGAGGCUCUAGACAAGACCAUGGAUCUCAUGAAUGGAUUCAACCUGAUCGAUCUGUUCCCCGGAUCGCGGCUGGCGAGGGUGCUCGGUGCCCGAUCCCUGCGUGCAACGAAGCGGGUGCAUCAGAAGCUCCAUCAAAUCACGGAUACGAUAAUCCAAGGACAUGAAAUCAUCAAGGACGGCAGCGUUGGUGAUGACACCAUACAAGAAACAGUAGGAACACACAAUAUGCAUGGGCAUGGCCAUAAGUGUGAGGACAUCCUUGACGUCCUGCUGCGAUUUCAUAGGGACGGUGGGCUUGGGAUCACCCUCACUAAAGAAAUUGUCAGCGCCGUGUUGUUUGAUCUUUUCGCUGCUGGCUCAGAGACUACAUCUACAACAAUAAUUUGGGCCAUGUCCGAACUCGUAAGGACUCCCCAUGUGAUGGAGCGAGCACAAUCUGAGAUUCGUCAAGUCCUUCAAGGUAAAACCGUGGUUAGUGAAGCCGACAUCGAAGGCCGACUCCAUUAUCUACAACUGGUUAUAAGAGAGACUCUUAGGUUGCAUCCUCCGGUACCAUUUCUCAUACCGAGGUUAUGCUCUGAAGCAAAUAGUAAGAUCAUGAGAUAUAAUAUACCUCAGGGUGCUAUGGUGUUAGUGAACAUAUCAGCGAUUGGCAGAGAUGAGAAGAUUUGGAAAAACGCAAAUGAGUUUAGGCCCGAAAGAUUUAAAGAUGAUAUGGUUGAUUUUAGUGGUACCGACUUUAGAUUUAUUCCUGGCGGUGCUGGACGAAGAAUGUGCCCAGGUUUAACGUUUGGACUAUCCAAUAUUGAGAUAGCUCUCGCGAGCCUUCUUUACCACUUUGAUUGGAAAUUGCCCAAUGACGCAAGCUCAUGUAAGCUAGAUAUGAGAGAAACGCAUGGAGUCACAGCACGUCGUCGAACUGAGCUUUUACUCAAAGCUACUCCUUUGUACACAUAAUUGGAUUGGUCCAUAAAAAAUUCAUGUACGCUGUGAAGACGAAGAAUUGGUCUCUUAAUAAACCAUUGCCAAUUAAUGUUUGCCUAAAUUUGUUUCUAUCAGAACUGAAGGAUAAUUCAUGUACAUCCGUUGUUUUGCCAACCCCUUGUCACAAGUCGAUCUGAAAUCUAGACUCUAUUUUGAAUGA